AUGCCCCCGGCCUGCGCCCCAGCAGGUGCAUCAGCGAGCCUGCCCAUCCAGUGCCCUGGGAGCACCAGCCACCAGAGGAGGCCAGGCAGGCAGGGCACAGGGGCUCGGUCAGUGCCAGCAUGCCCGCCAUCCCUCUGCGCUUCUUCCACGUGGGCACAGCCUCUCCCAGCCCAGCCUCCCGAGGGGACCCUGUGCCCCGCGGGCCCCAAGACCCCAGGCCCAGCCCAUGGAGGGUCCUCUGCGGGUGUGUGGCAGAAGGCCCCAGCUCCUCCUCCCAGGGGUCCUCAGGCCAAUCCGCUGACAGCCUCCAGCAACUGUGCUGCUGCUUGCCCUGCUUCCGCGGACCCCGCUCCCGAAGAAGAACGGCACCAGUGCAGGGAGGCCACAGGAGCCCUAGGUUCCAAAACAGAGUGGCCCCAGUGGACGCGCCCUGAGGAGGCACACAGACCAAGGGACAGCCAGAAGACCCCGAUCUCCGAGCAGCCUGACCUCAGAGUCCGCACCUGUCAGAAAGGGCACCGAAACAGCUGCAGCACUGAGGGACGCCCACUGGCCUGGGCCUCCCCGCGUGGAUUCCAGCCAAGAGCCCGUCGGCCUCCACCACCACUCUUUCUGCCCCCUCCUGCCACAGACAUCAGAGAUUCUCUUCCCUGGGACACUUCCCCUGCCCUGCUCUGCCCUGGCCUUCCUCCCGGGCUUCUGGGAAACCAGCGAUGGUUCCUCAUCAAUUUCUCUUUCUCACCCAUUGAAUAA